AUCAAAAAGUCAAAACAGAGCCGCACGUAGUAGCAAAAUCUAUUCCAAAGCAGAGAAAAUUUCAAUUUUUGAUAACAUUUUCGUAUUCAAAAGUGCUAAAAACAGUGGAAAACCAUGGCUGAUGCAGCAGCACGUCAGCUGCAGUACGAGUACAAGGCGAAUUCGAAUUUGGUCUUGCAAGCGGAUGUCCGUCUGAUCGAGCGCCCACGAAGGGAUGAAGCAACCGGCGAAGUGUUGUCUCUGGUUGGGAAGUUGGAGGGAACUCGUAUGGGAGACCGUGCUCAGCGCACCAAACCGGAGAAAACCGAGGAACGAAAGGCGAAACGUCAGAAGCGUGACGAAGCGCAGUACGACUUUAACAGCAUGAAGGGUGCCACUCUGCUGACGGAGGGAAUCGACGAGAUGGUGGGAAUCGUGUACCGUCCGAAAACGCAGGAAACUCGUCAAACGUACGAAGUGCUGCUUAGUUUCAUCCAGGAAGCUAUCGGAGAUCAGCCGAGGGAUAUCCUGUGCGGAGCGGCCGAUGAGAUUCUGGCCGUGUUGAAAAACGAUAAAAUGAAGGAUCGUGAGCGGAAGCGGGAAAUUGAUGGUCUGCUGGGAACGGUCACUGACGAGCGUUUCGCACUGCUGGUUAAUUUGGGGAAGAAGAUUACCGAUUUUGGAUCGGAUUCGAGUGGUGGUGCGACGGGAGUGGCUGAGGGGGAGCAGAUCGAUGAUACGUACGGGAUAAAUGUACAGUUUUAUGAAUCGGAGGAGGAGAGCGAUGAGGAUAAGUACGGAGAGAUUCGCGACGAUGAUGUCCAGGAUGAGGGUGAAGAAGCUCGAGACGAUGGCAUUCUGCACGCAGAAAAUCUUGGCGGUAACGAGGAAAGCAAGAAGGAAAAGGCUCUCGAUCCUCGGGACAUUGAUGCCCAUUGGCUGCAGCGGUGUCUAAGGAAGUACUAUAACGAUUCAAUAAUGUCACAAGCCAAAGCCGGCGAAGUAUUGGGCGUACUCAAGGAUGCCGGAGAUGAUCGAGAAUGCGAGAAUCAACUGGUGCUGCUGCUGGGCUACGAUUGUUUUGAUUUUAUCAAACUGUUGAAGAAGAACCGUCAAACGAUCCUGUACUGUACGAUGUUGGCUUCGUCGCAAAGUGAGAGCGAGAGGGUUAAGAUUCGGGAGAAGAUGAAAAGCGACGCAUUCUUGGCAAAGAUUUUAAGGCAACUGGAUACAGGCAAACAAGAGGUGGACGAUUAUGAGAGCGAGAAGUCUAAGAUGCAGCGCAGAAGAAAGGAGCAGGAUGACGAUAACAUGGAAGGUAUCGGGGGUCAAAUUCCCGGUAACAGGAAUGUGCUGGAACUGGACGAAUUAGCUUUCACGCAGGGGUCCCAUCUGAUGGCAAAUAAGCGCUGUCAACUGCCAGAUGGAAGUUUCAGGAAGCAACGGAAAGGCUAUGAGGAAGUGCACGUACCUGCUUUGAAGCCCAAAGCGUUCGACGAAGAAGAAGAACUAAUGGUGAUUGAUAAGUUGCCAAAGUACGUUCAACCGGUAUUCGCUGGGUUCAAGACGUUGAACCGCAUCCAGAGUCGUCUGUACAAAAGUGCUCUGGAUAGCGAUGAGAAUUUGCUGCUGUGUGCUCCAACCGGAGCUGGUAAAACCAACGUGGCAUUACUGACGAUGAUGCGCGAAAUCGGGAAGCAUAUCAACGAUGACGGAACGAUUAACGUGGACGAGUUCAAGAUCAUUUACAUUGCUCCGAUGCGCUCGUUGGUACAGGAAAUGGUGGGCAAUUUCGGAAAGCGCUUGGCUACGUACAAUUUGACGGUUUCGGAGUUGACUGGCGAUCAUCAACUAAGCCGGGAGCAGAUUGCUGCCACUCAGGUAAUUGUCUGCACUCCAGAAAAGUGGGAUAUCAUCACCAGGAAGGGAGGCGAAAAAACUUACACACAACUGGUGCGUCUGGUCAUCAUCGAUGAAAUUCAUCUGCUUCACGACGAGCGUGGUCCGGUUCUGGAAUCUUUGGUCGCUCGAACAAUUCGGAACAUUGAAACUACUCAAGAGGAUGUCAGAUUGGUAGGCCUUUCUGCCACCUUGCCAAAUUAUCACGACGUAGCCACUUUCUUGCGUGUACGUCCGGAGACUGGUCUGUUUUAUUUCGAUAACAGCUUCCGUCCGGUCGCCCUCGAGCAGCAGUAUAUCGGAGUAACCGAAAAGAAAGCGCUGAAGCGGUUCCAAGUGAUGAACGACAUCGUCUACGAGAAAGUAAUGGAGCAUGCAGGAAAGAAUCAAGUAUUGGUGUUUGUGCACUCCCGAAAGGAAACUGGAAAGACAGCUCGCGCCAUUCGCGACAUGUGUCUGGAGAAGGACACUUUGGGAAGUUUCCUUCGCGAGGGAUCAGCCAGUAUGGAAGUGUUGAGAUCAGAAGCCGACCAGGUCAAAAAUGCCGAACUCAAGGAUCUACUUCCAUAUGGCUUCGCCAUCCAUCAUGCCGGUAUGACCCGCGUGGACAGAACCUUGGUCGAGGAUCUAUUCGCCGAUCGUCACAUCCAGGUGCUUGUCUCCACUGCCACCCUUGCAUGGGGUGUUAACCUGCCCGCUCACACCGUCAUUAUCAAGGGAACUCAAAUCUAUAAUCCUGAAAAAGGUCGUUGGGUCGAACUGAGUGCGUUGGACGUGCUUCAGAUGCUGGGUCGUGCGGGUCGUCCGCAAUAUGAUACCAAAGGUGAAGGAAUUCUUAUUACGAACCACAGUGAGCUUCAGUACUAUCUUUCCCUACUGAACCAACAGCUCCCGAUCGAGUCUCAACUCGUGUCCAAAAUGCCUGACAUGCUCAACGCCGAAAUAGUCCUCGGAACAAUUCAAAACGUUAAAGACGCCGUAACUUGGCUCGGGUACACUUAUCUGUACAUUCGAAUGCUUCGUCAACCCACUCUCUACGGGGUUUCGUACGACGCCAUAAAGGAGGAUCCCCUACUGGAGCACUUCCGUGCCGAUUUGGUCCACACCGCGGCCCUGCACUUGGAAAAGAGUGGUCUAAUCAAGUACGACCGCAAAAGUGGUCACUUCCAGGUCACCGAAAUCGGCCGCAUCGCUUCCCACUAUUACUGCACCCACGAAACCAUGCUGACCUACAACCAGCUGCUUAAGCCUACCCUCAGCGAAAUUGAACUGUUCCGCGUGUUCUCACUUUCGGGUGAGUUUCGCAACAUCACCGUUCGAGAGGAGGAAAAACUCGAACUGCAAAAACUCAUGGAACGAGUCCCCAUCCCAAUCAAGGAGAGCAUGGAAGAACCCAGCGCGAAGGUGAACGUCCUCCUCCAGGCAUACAUCUCUCAGCUUAAACUGGAAGGUUUCGCUCUUAUGGCCGAUAUGGUCUACGUCACCCAAUCCGCUGCACGACUGCUUCGCGCAAUCUUCGAGAUUGUCCUACACCGAGAAUGGGCACAGCUUGCCGAUAAAUGCCUGACCCUGUGCAAAAUGAUUGACCGUCGCAUGUGGCAAAGUAUGUCCCCGCUGCGUCAGUUCCGCAAAAUGCCCGAAGAGAUCGUCAAGAAGAUCGAAAAGAAGAACUUCCCUUGGGAACGUCUCUACGACCUGGAGGCGAACGAAAUCGGUGAACUGAUUCGUGUUCCCAAACUCGGCAAAACCAUCUACAAAUAUGUUCAUCAGUUCCCGAAGCUCGAACUGUCAACUCACAUUCAACCGAUCACGCGAUCCACCCUUAGGGUUGAGUUAACCAUUACUCCCGAUUUCCAGUGGGACGAAAAAAUCCAUGGUCAAUCGGAGGCGUUCUGGAUUUUGGUCGAAGACGUCGACUCCGAGGUAAUCCUUCAUCACGAGUACUUCCUCCUUAAGUUCAAGUACUGCCAGGACGAUCAUCUGGUCAAGUUUUUCGUUCCGGUUUUUGAACCUCUGCCACCGCAGUACUUCCUGCGAAUCGUUUCUGAUCGCUGGAUCGGUGCUGAGACACAACUACCCGUCUCGUUCCGUCAUCUGAUCCUGCCGGAAAAGAAUCUCCCACCAACGGAGCUGCUGGAUCUGCAACCGUUGCCGAUCAGUGCCCUUCGGGAAGCAAACUUCGAAGCCCUGUAUGUGGAUAAGUUUCCGCAGUUCAAUCCAAUCCAAACCCAGGUUUUCAAUGCCGUCUACAACAGUGAGGACAAUGUAUUCGUUGGCGCUCCGACUGGUUCCGGAAAGACCACAAUCGCGGAAUUCGCUGUGCUAAGAAUGCUACAACAGAAUCCUCACGGUCGAGUUGUCUACCUGGUGUCUAGAGAUAGCUUGGCCGAAUUGGUAUUCAUGGAUUGGCAUCAGAAGUUCGGGCAGCAUUUGGGCUGCAAAGUCGUCAAGCUAACCGGUGAAACCGGCACGGAUUUGAAGUUGAUCGCCAAAGGCCAGAUCAUUGUUACAACAGCAGAUAAGUGGGAUAUUCUGUCGCGUCGUUGGAAGCAAAGGAAGAACGUUCAGAACAUCCAGCUGUUCAUCGUGGAUGAACUACAGCUGAUCGGAGGAGAAGAAGGCCCGGUCCUGGAAGUCGUUUGCUCGCGUAUGCGCUACAUUUCUUCGCAGAUUGAGAAGCAGAUCCGGAUCAUUGCGUUAUCGUCAUCACUCUCGGACGCGAGGGACGUUGCCCAAUGGUUAGGAUGCAAUGCGAAUGCCACAUUCAAUUUUCAUCCCAGUGUUCGCCCGGUUCCGUUGGAGUUGCACGUUCAGGGAUUCAACAUAACUCACAACGCCUCAAGGGUGGCAGCCAUGUCGAAACCUGUCUACAACGCGAUCACUAAGUUCAGUCCACACAAACCUGUGAUCGUGUUUGUCUCGUCGCGCAAACUCGCCCGUCUGACUGCAAUCGAUAUUUUAACAUACUGCGCUGCGGAAGCCCAACCGAAUCGGUUCUUCCACGCGGAAGAGGAAGACAUCAAACCGUUCUUGGACCGCAUGACCGAUAAGACACUGAAGGAAACUCUGUCACAGGGAGUGGCAUACAUCCACGAGGGCUUGACCCCCUCCGAUCAUCGAAUCGUCGAACAGCUGUUCGACUCAGGUGCAGUCCAGAUCGCCGUAGUCACACGUGAUCUCUGCUGGGGUCUCAACAUCUCGGCAUAUUUGGUGGUGAUCAUGGACACCCAGUUCUACAACGGAAAAAGCCAUUCCUAUGACGAUUACCCAGUGACGGAUGUGAUGCAGAUGGUUGGCCGCGCAAAUCGACCCUUGGAAGACGACGACGCCAAAUGUGUUCUGAUGUGUCAAAGCUCCAAGAAGGACUUCUUCAAGAAGUUCCUCAACGAAAGCCUCCCGGUCGAAAGUCAUCUGGAUCAUCGCUUGCAUGAUCACUUCAACGCGGAAAUUGUCACCAAAACAAUUGAAAACAAGCAAGACGCGGUGGAUUAUCUCACCUGGACAUUCCUUUACCGACGCUUGACGCAGAAUCCCAACUACUACAACCUGCAGGGGGUGACCCAUCGUCACCUUUCGGAUCAUCUCUCGGAAUUGGUGGAAAGCACCCUGUCCGAUCUGGAGCAAUCCAAGUGCAUCAGUGUCGAGGACGAAAUGGACACACUGCCGUUGAACCUGGGAAUGAUUGCUGCGUACUACUACAUCAACUACACCACCAUCGAACUGUUCAGCUUGUCGUUGAACAACAAGACUAAAAUUCGCGGACUGUUGGAGAUCAUUUCUUCGGCGGCAGAGUACGAGGACGUGGUGGUGCGACAUCACGAGGACAACAUCCUGAAGAGUUUGGCCCAGAGGCUGCCGAACAAGCUGACCGGUCCCAAUGGAACCGCUCCCAAAUACAACGAUCCUCACAUCAAAACGAACCUGCUGCUACAGGCCCACCUGUCGCGUCUACAGUUGGGUGCCGAAUUGCAAGGUGACACUGAACAAAGUCUCGGCAAAGCAAUUCGCCUCAUCCAGGCUUGCGUCGAUGUGCUCUCCUCAAACGGAUGGCUCUCGCCGGCCGUAGCGGCGAUGGAGCUGGCCCAAAUGGUCACCCAGGCGAUGUGGAGCAAGGAUUCCUAUCUGAAACAGUUGCCCCACUUCAACGCCGACAUCAUAAAACGUUGCCAGGAGAAGAAUAUCGAGACGGUGUUCGACAUCAUGGAGCUGGACGACGACGAUCGGAUCCGGUUGCUGCAGCUCAACGAUCAGCAGAUGUCCGACGUGGCGCGGUUUUGCAAUCGGUAUCCGAACAUCGAAAUGACCUUCGAGGUGGUCGAUAAGGACCGAAUUCACUCCGGCUCGUCGGUUAAUGUUGUGGUUAAUCUGGAGCGUGAAGAUGAUGUUACUGGUCCUGUUAUUGCGCCAUUUUUCCCGCAGAAACGCGAGGAAGGCUGGUGGAUCGUCAUCGGUGAUCCGAAAACCAAUUCGUUGCUAUCGAUCAAACGGCUCACGUUGCAGCAGAAAGCCAAAUUUAAACUGGAUUUCGUGGCGCCCAGUCCGGGUCACCACGAUUACCAGCUGUACUUCAUGAGCGACUCCUACCUGGGAUGCGAUCAGGAGUAUAUGUUCAGCAUCAACGUGGGCGAUUUCCAGUCCGAGUCGGAAAGUGAGUCUGAUUAAAUGACAGACGAGGACGGAUGUAGAAGGUAAACAAAGACGCAUUUCUUGAGAAUCAUGAGCAUAAUGCUAUUAUGUUUCACUUCUUGAAAUUAUGGUAUAAAUGUCAACAAGUGUUAAAAGAUACGUUCAUUCUUAAGUAUCGACAAGUCUAGAUUUUGUAGUUAUAGAUUAAAGCGGAAUACAAAAUUCGAAUCCCAUGGGCAGGAAACCACACGAUCCCUGAUCCGAUUUAGGCCAA